AUGGCGGAAUGGCAGAGCUCCGCCGCCGUGUCUUUGCUCCUUCUCCUCCUCUCAGCCUUCAUUCCGCCGGCGGCCUCGGAAGCAGCCGGUGGCCUCCUCAGAUGGGCUUCCACGCUCCACAACCUCCCCCAAUCCAACAUCUCCACCUGGCCGCGUGCCGCGGCCAACGGCAGCCCCUGCAAUUUCGUCGGCGUCUCCUGCUCCGCCGCCGGCGAUGUCGUCCGAUUAAACCUGACCAACUCCGGCCUCAACGGCACCCUCCAAGCAUUCCCCUUUUCCUCCCUCCCCAAUCUCACCCACUUGGAGCUCAGCGUAAACCUGUUAACCGGCUCGAUCCCGCCCGAAAUCGGCCUCCUCGCCAACCUGGUCGACCUCGAUUUCUCCCUCAACCAGCUCUCCGGCCGCAUCCCUCCGGAGAUCGGUCGCCUGGCGAACCUCCAAGUCCUCCACAUUGUCGAAAACAGGCUCACCGGCGCAAUCCCUGACGAAAUCGGUCGACUCGAGUCGAUAACCGAGCUCGCGCUCUACGAAAACCGCCUCACCGGUCCGAUCCCUUCGUCAAUUGGAAACCUCACCAAAUUAGCUCGGCUAUAUCUCUACAGCAACGAGCUAUCCGGUCCGAUCCCACCCGAAAUCGGUCACCUCUCCACCGCUCUAACCGAACUGUUCAUCGAUACAAAUCAACUGUCCGGUCCGAUCCCAGCCAGUUUCGGAAACCUGACCAAACUAACCACAUUUUUCAUCUUCGACAACAACCUCUCCGGCGCCAUCCCCGACGAGAUCGGAAACCUCGAAUCCCUCCAAUACCUCAGUCUCCAUACCAACAACUUAUCCGGCCCGAUCCCGCCCGGGAUCGGCAACCUAGACUCCCUCGCCGAUUUAGAGCUCAGCGACAAUAGACUCACCGGUACCGUCCCGGCUUCAAUUGGGAACUUGCAGAAUCUGGAGAUCCUGUUUCUCCGGGUGAACAAUCUAUCCGGUUCGAUUCCUGAUUCUAUAACGAAUCUCACCAAGCUUACAGUUCUUCAGCUCGACACCAACAACUUCACCGGCGAUCUCCCAGAUACCCUCUGCGGCGGGAUCCAAAAUCUCACGGUCCAUUCCAACAACUUCAGCGGCUCUGUUCCAACAAGCUUCAAGAACUGCACAACUUUCAUCCGAGUUCGGCUGGAAGACAAUCAAUUCACCGGCAACAUUUCCGAGGAUUUCGGAAUCUACCCGAAUUUGCAGUACCUCGAUCUCAGCCGGAACAAUUUCCACGGCGAGGUCUCGCCGUCGAAAUGGGUUUCCUGUCCGAAUCUAGCUACUCUGCGGAUAUCAGGAAACAGAGUCACAGGCGAAAUCCCGGGGCCGAUCGGUAAUCACCCUAAGCUUCAAGCUCUUGAUCUUUCUUCCAACCAAUUAGUUGGCCAAAUUCCCUUAGAGCUCGCCAAUCUGACCUCUCUAGUCAAGCUGCAGCUCUCCGGGAACCAACUCUCGGGGCCGAUUCCUCUCGAAAUAAGGUCGUUGACGAAGCUCGAUUCGCUCCAACUCGCCUCGAAUCGACUCAACGAGUCGAUUCCAGGGAGUUUGGGCGAGCUGACGCAGCUCAACGACUUGAACUUGAGCAACAACCAGUUCGGUGACCGGAUUCCUGAGCAAUUGGGAAGGUUGGUUCAUCUGUCGACUCUGGAUUUGAGCCGAAACUCGCUCACCGGCGCAAUUCCAUCACAGCUUACCUCCUUGAGCAGCUUGGAGUUCCUCAACCUCUCGCGAAAUUCACUCUCUGGAUCAAUUCCCAAUGGUUUUGCCCAAAUUCCAUUGCAUACGGUGGAUAUAUCCCACAACAGAUUGCAGGGUCCCCUGCCGACAAGCCCCGAGUUUCGAAACGCGUCAAUGGAAGAACUAGAGGGGAACGAUGGACUAUGUGGAGGAAGUAAUGUUGUACAACCCUGCAACGCAACAGACAACGGUCCAACCAAGAACAGGAAUCUGCGGAGAUUCCUCUUCAGAAACCCACGAGGCCAGCAGGAUCACGAACAGCAGGUCCUGCUCGCACCGGGGUUCGACACCAAAAUCAUGUACUCCGACAUCGUUACAGCCACGGACCGAUUCGAUCCUGCACACUGCAUAGGCAGGGGCGGGUACGGUACGGUGUACAGAGCAACCCUGCCUUCGGGCAUCAUCGUGGCGGUGAAGAAGCUGAAUUGUUCCGACGACAGCAGCGAGGACGACGAAUCCCACAAGGAGUUUCUCAGAGAGGUAGAAGCGCUGACGGAGAUAAGGCACCGGAACAUCGUGAAGCUGUAUGGGUUCUGCUCUCAGUCUAAUCACUCUUUCCUUGUCUACGAGUAUCUGGACAGAGGAAGCCUGGCCUCUGUUUUGAGCCAGGACAACUCGGGAGCUCGAGAGCUUGACUGGGGGAAGAGAUUGAACAUUGUGAGGGGCGUGGCGCAUGCUCUGUCUUACCUGCACCACGAUUGCGCGAUCCCGAUCGUUCAUCGAGAUGUUACGAGCAACAAUGUGUUGCUGGAUCGCGAUUACGAGGCCAAAGUUGCGGAUUUUGGGACUGCCAAGCUUCUCAGCUCGGAUAGCUCCAAUUGGACUACACAGGCGGGCACCCGUGGCUACAUUGCUCCAGAGUUGGCAUACACCAUGAGGGUGACCGAGAAGUGCGAUGUGUACAGUUUUGGAGUGGUGGCGCUGGAAGUGAUUAGAGGGAGCCAUCCAGGGGAACUUGUGUUGUCAUUGGCAUCUUCUACGGAGGAGGAGGCCGCGGCGGCGGUGGUGUCGUUGGAUGAUCUGCUAGACCGGCGGCUCGCACGGCCUGUGCCUGGAUUCCGGCAAGAGCUAGAGAACGUUGUGAGGAUUGCAGCGCUGUGUUUGAAUGUUGAUCCACAGUUUAGGCCGGAGAUGAGGUUGGUUUGUGAGAUGCUGUCCAAGGGACAUAAAAGAAAGGUGACAAGGGGUAGGCAGUAG